AGCGGCCUCCGCGCGGACAAAAUGUCGGCGGGCGGCAGCGGCGGGGCCCGGCCGGCCGGGGACACGCCCGGGGUGCGGAGAGCGGCCGGCGCCCCCCCGCCGCCCGCGGGGCCCGGCGCGCUGAGCGGAGCCUGGCUGGCUAAGGAGGAGCAGUACAAGCGACUGAAUGCAGAAUUAGAAGCCAAAACAGAAAAACUGGUGCGUCAGGCUGAAGAGCUGAUGAAAGGCCAACAGAAGAUACUAUCUCGACCAGUUUCAGUACAGUCUAAGUCACCUGAAGAUGACAGACAGAGAGAUUCACUCUUCCACUCCAGUCCUGAAGUUUCAUCUCCUACACACUCACAUGCCAAGGUAGCAAGCAAGAAGAAAUGUGUUGCUGCACCCACAGAUCAGAACAGACAGUACUCUGGAAGUAAGGGAAAAAGAACAACUUCAAGUUCAAAAAUGAGAAACAUGGAAGUGCAAAGUGCUGAUGGUGUUGCAGUACUGGAAGAUUGCAUAGGUUUUUCUUUAACAAAAGCAAUAAGCAAAGUUGAAGAAAAACUAAAGAAAGGAGUCUUACCAGAUUGUCCAGAUGAUGAUAUUAUUCCAAGUGUUGGAAACGAAAUGGGAGCAGAAGCUCAAAUCAGAUUUCUGAAGGCAAAGUUACGUGUUACACAGGAAGACCUGGCAAGUGUAGUGUUUGAAUGCAAGAAAAAGGAUGAUCAAAAUCAGAAUUUAGAAACUCGGCUUAAAGAUACCGAAGAGGAAAACACGAGACUGCAGCGAACGAUCAGCGUGCAGCAGAGUCAGACUGAGAAGUACAAAAUGUUGUCACAGGAAGCAAACAAAAAAAGUGAAGGGUUACAACAAGAAGUCAUUGCACUAGAAAAGGAACUGGAGAACCUAAAGCGGGUACAGAAGCAGGCCACAGCCAGCCAGAGUGCCACAGAGGUUCGACUGAACAGGGCCCUGGAGGAAGUGGAAAGGUAUAAAGUGGAGCUGAACAAACUGAAGCAAAGCAACAAGGAUGUAGCUAACCAAGAACUCAAAACAAUUGAAGAAUUAAAAACAGAAAACAAGAAACUGCAGAAACAAAAAGGAGAGCUAAUUACAGGUUUUAAAAAGCAGUUAAAGUUAAUUGAUAUUCUGAAGAGACAAAAGAUGCACAUUGAAGCUGCCAAGAUGCUUUCUUUUACUGAAGAGGAAUUCAUGAAAGCUCUUGAGUGGGGAAAUUAUUGAUUCCAUUAAAAAACAGCUUCUGUUUGAAAGACAA